UUGUGUAUAUACAUUUGCCAAAACCCGCCUUUUAAACACACACUCUCUCUCUCUCUCUCUCUCUCUCUUUCCUUGUGCUUGUGUAUCUUCCCUGAAUAUCCUUAAAAAACCACUAAUCCGAUUAUACCCCUGGUCGAUCCUCCAAUUUACAAACCCAAAACGGCCAUGUUUAUGCUGGUGAACUGUUCCAGCUGUCGGACUCCACUACAGCUCCCUCCGGGCUCCCAAUCCAUCCGCUGCGCCAUCUGCCAAGCCAUCACGCACAUCGCCGACCCACGCGCCGUCCCUUCUCCGGCGUCAUCCCAAUACGCACCUCCUCCUCCAUCCUCCAAUGCCACGCCCCCUCCUCCUCCGUCCCCUUACAGCCACGCGCCUCCCGGGCCUCCUCCGAACGCUCAUGGCCGCAAGAAGGCUGUGAUCUGCGGGAUUUCGUACAGGUACUCGAGACACGAGCUCAAGGGUUGCAUCAAUGACGCCAAGUGCAUGCGAUAUCUUCUUAUCAAUAAGUUUCAAUUCCCAGAAUCUUCAAUUCUCAUGCUCACAGAAGAAGAAACUGACCCAUAUAGAAUUCCAACUAAAGCCAACAUUAGAAUGGCGCUAUAUUGGCUUGUACAAGGCUGUCAAGCAGGUGACUCCCUGCUGUUUCAUUAUUCUGGUCAUGGUUCACGGCAAAGGAAUUAUAAUGGUGAUGAGGUUGAUGGAUAUGAUGAAACUCUCUGUCCCCUGGAUUUUGAAACUCAGGGUAUGAUUGUUGAUGAUGAGAUUAAUGCAACAAUUGUUAGACCUAUUCCUGCUGGAGUUAGGCUUCAUGCAAUAAUAGAUGCAUGUCAUAGUGGCACCGUAUUAGAUUUGCCAUUCCUUUGCAGAAUGAGCAGGAGUGGGCAGUAUGUGUGGGAAGAUCACCGACCUAGAUCAGGUAUAUGGAAAGGAGCAGGUGGUGGAGAAGUUAUUUCUUUCAGUGGUUGUGAUGAUGAUCAAACCUCAGCUGAUACAGCCGCUCUGUCAAGGAUUACGUCAACAGGUGCCAUGACUUUCUGCUUCAUCCAAGCCAUUGAGAAGGGACAUGGGGGCACAUACGGAAGCAUUCUGAAUUCAAUGCGAACUACCAUUCGAAAUACGGGGUCUGGUAGUGACCUUGGAGGUGGAGCUGUUACAUCUCUUGUCACCAUGCUUCUAACUGGAGGCAGUGUUAGUGGUGGGCUAAGACAGGAGCCGCAGUUAACUUCCUGCCAGCCAUUUGAUGUGUACACAAGACCUUUCAUCCUAUGAAAUAUGAAUCAUACAAUAUCAUUUUGUUUAAAGCAAGGCAUUUAGGUUUCCUUUUUCUUUUCAAGAAGCUCUUUUAGGGUACUUUUUUAUCCUUAGCCUUUCUGGUGAAUAUUACUUUGAACAUAUUCAAUUGAUUCCUUGAAAAACUAUGUACCGAAACCGUAAAUCAUAUACCAAGUAUUGUGAAUAGUUUAUGUUCAGUAA